AUGGAUAAUUCAGAAGAGAAACACGCUGCUAAUCCUGCUCACAAUGGCCGUGUGUGCAGCACAUGGGGCAACUUCCACUUCAAGACCUUCGACGGGGACAUAUUCACCUUCCCUGGGCUCUGUAAUUACGUUUUUGCCUCCCACUGCAACGCUGCCUAUGAGGACUUCAACAUCCAGAUUAGGCGUGAAGUGGUGGCAAACACUCCAACAAUCAGCCACAUCACCAUGAAACUCGAAGGUGUUGUUGCCGAACUAACAAAAGAUGCUGUCAUAGUCGAUGGCAAUGGAGUUCAACUGCCCUAUAGUCAAUCUGGUAUUACGAUAGAGAAGAGCAGCAUUUAUGUGAAAGUUGGCAGCAAAGUCGGUGUUGUGUUAUUGUGGAAUGAAAAGGACAGCAUUCUGCUGGAAUUGAAUGAGAAAUAUGCCAACCAGACUUGUGGACUUUGUGGUGACUUCAAUGGCUUUCCCAUAUACAAUGAGUUCAUUUCAAACAAUAUUCAGAUGACAGCCUUGCAGUUUGGGAAUCUGCAGAAAAUGGAUGGGCCAACAGAACACUGUGAAGAUGCCACUUCUCUCCCGACAUAUAACUGCUCUGAUCUCGAUGACAUAUGCGAGAAAACAUUGACCAGCUCUGCAUUUGCAGACUGUAAUGACCUAGUUGAUGUUAAAGACUACAUUAAGGCUUGCCAAGAUGACUUGUGCCGCUCUGAAGAAUCUGAAAACAGCUCAUGCAUCUGUGACACCUUUGCUGAGUACUCCCGGCAGUGUGCUCAUGCUGGUGGGCAGCCCCUGGACUGGAGGACUUCAAAACUGUGCCCCAAGACGUGUCCUUACAACAUGCAGUACCAGGAGUGCAACUCCCCCUGUACUGAUACCUGCACGAAUCCUGAACGAUCUCUGUUUUGUGAAGAACACUGUAUUGAUGGCUGUUUCUGCCCCCCAGGGACUGUAUUUGAUGACAUCAACAAUUCUGGCUGCAUUCCCCAGCAGGAGUGCUCCUGUAUUUACAACAGCAGAACCUAUGCUACAGGAGCUUCUUUUUCAGAACCAUGCCAGACCUGUACCUGUAAUGGAGGCCAGUGGAGCUGCCAAGACAAGUCAUGCCCAGGAACAUGCUCUGUAGUGGGAGGUUCCCACAUUUCCACCUAUGAUAAGAAACAGUAUGAUCACCAUGGAGACUGCACCUACGUCCUCUCUAAGGACUGUAAAGAUGAAAAAUUUACCAUCCUGGCAGAACUACGCAAGUGUGGCCUGACCGACACUGAGACCUGCCUGAAGUCAGUGACACUCAACAUGAAUAAAGGACAAACUAUCGUGGAGGUCAAACCUGAUGGCGGUGUGUUUGUGAACUCCAUCUAUACCCAGCUGCCCAUGUCAGCAGCUAAUGUCACCAUGUUCAGACCUUCCUCAUUCUUCAUGAUCAUGGACACAAGCUUUGGCGUGCAGGUUGAAGUGCAGUUCACACCCGUGAUGCAAGUGUUUGUGCGUCUGGAUGCUUCUUUCAAAAACCAGACUUGUGGUCUCUGUGGAAAUUUCAAUAACAUCCAAACUGAUGACUUCGAGGUCAUAAGUGGAAUAAUUGAAGGAACAGCAUCAGCAUUUGCUAAUACAUGGAAAACUCAGGCUUCAUGCCCUAAUAUCCAGCAGAGUUUUGAGAAUCCUUGUGCACUCAGCAUUGAUAAUGAAAAAUACGCCCAGCAUUGGUGUGGACUGCUCACUAACAGCACAGGACCUUUUGCUGCUUGUCACUAUGCAGUGAAUCCCGCUGUUUACCACACGAACUGCAUGUUUGACACGUGUAACUGUGAAAAUAGUGAGGACUGUCUGUGUGCAGCUCUGUCUGCCUAUGUGAGAGCUUGUGCUGCAAAAGGAAUCCAGCUGCAGGGAUGGAGGACUGAUGUCUGCACAAAAUACACCACCUCAUGUCCCAAAUCCCUGAGCUACAGCUAUACCAUCUCUUCCUGCCAACCCACCUGCCGCUCUCUGAGUGAGCCUGAUGUCACAUGCAACAUUAAGUUCAUCCCAGUUGACGGCUGCACCUGCGUAAAUGGAACUUACAUGGAUGACAGUGGCAAAUGUGUGCCUGCUAAUGAAUGCCCCUGCUACUACAAAGGAUCUCCUAUACAAUUUGGAGAAGUGGUCCAUGAAAAUGGGCGUGUAUGCACUUGUGUCGAGGGAAGACUGAAUUGCAUUGGAGCAUCAAAUCCAACUUCAGUCUGUGAAUCUCCCAUGGUCUACUUUGACUGUGAAAACAACACGGCAGGAACACCUGGAGCAGAAUGCCAAAAAAGUUGCCAGACUCUGGAUAUGCAGUGUUAUAGCUCACAAUGUACUUCUGGCUGCAUAUGCCCAGAUGGGCUUGUGUUAGAUGGGAAUGGUGGUUGUAUUCCUGAAGAGGAAUGUCCAUGUAUUCACAAUGAAGCCAUGUAUCAGCCUGGGGAAAAGAUCAGCUUCGACUGUAACACCUGUGUAUGCAAGAAUAGGAAGUGGGAAUGUACCAAAGAUCAAUGUCUGGGCACUUGUGCUGUUUAUGGAGAUGGUCAUUAUAAUACCUUUGAUGACAAAAGUUUCAGCUUCAAUGGAAACUGUGAAUACACACUAGUCCAGGACCACUGUGGGAAAAGUGGCACAGUCAAUGGGACCUUCAGUGUUGCCACUGAAAAUGUUCCCUGUGGCAACACUGGGACAACUUGCUCAAAGUCCAUCAAAGUUUUCUUAGAGAGCUAUGAACUGAUCCUUAGUGAAGAGCGUGUCAGUGUCAUAAAGAGAGGACAGGAUGAUGAGGUGCCAUACACAGUCCGCUCUAUGGGGAUGUACCUGGUAAUUGAGACCAAAAGUGGACUGAUCCUCAUGUGGGACAAGAAAACCAGCAUCUUCAUCAAACUCAGCCCUGGUUUCAAGGGCCAGGUCUGUGGUCUCUGUGGAAAUUAUGAUGGCAACAGCGUCAAUGACUUUACUACGAGGAGUCAAUCUGUAGUAGAGAAUGUCCUAGAGUUUGGAAACAGCUGGAAGGUAUCCUCUACAUGCCCUGAUGCUGCCAGUGUCAAGGACCCGUGUUCUACCAACCCUUAUCGGAAGUCCUGGUCAGAGAAGCAGUGUAGCAUCAUCAACAGCAAUGUCUUUGCUGCCUGUCACUCUCAGGUUGAACCAGCAAAAUAUUACCAAGCAUGUGUGACAGAUGCUUGUGCCUGUGACACUGGAGGAGACUGUGAUUGCUUCUGUACAGCUGUAGCUGCCUAUGCUCAAGCAUGUAGUGAAGUUGGUGUCUGCAUAGCCUGGAGAAGCCCAACAAUUUGUCCACUGUUCUGUGAUUACUACAAUCAGCAAGGAGAAUGUGAAUGGCACUAUAAGCCUUGUGGUGCUUCCUGUAUGAAGACCUGUAAGAACCCAAGUGGAAAAUGCCUCAAUGACCUGUCAGGUUUAGAAGGCUGCUACCCUAACUGCCCACCAGACAAGCCAUAUUUUAAUGAGGAUCAGAUGAAGUGUGUUAGUCUCUGUGACUGUUAUGAUGACGAAGAUGGAAAGAUAUAUAAGCGAGAUGAAUGUAAUAUAUGUGAGUGCACAUCAGAAGGUUUACACUGCAAGUUCGAUGAUAAAGCCUGCAACUGCAUUUAUGAAGGGAAUAGCUAUAAAUAUGGUGAACUCAUCUACAACACCACAGAUGGAACUGGAUGGUGUAUCAGUGCAACAUGCGAUGUCAAUGGAACAAUAAGCAGAAGCAUCUUUAAAUGCGGCAUUUUUACAACAACCCCAUUUACAUUUUCCACAAGUCAGCCCACAACUACUGCUUCAGAAAUGACAACGGCAACACCAGUGACAACUGUAUGUGUGAAAAAUGUCUGUGUGUGGUCAGAAUGGUAUGAUUCCACUCAGCCUGAAAACAAAGAGGACAGUGGAGAUUAUGAAACAUAUCAAAAUCUCAAGGAUAAAGGAUACAGUGUGUGUACAAACCCAAGCGAUGUUCAAUGCAGAGCCAAAGAAUACCCAUAUACUGAAAUUACCAACCUUAACCAAACAAUAGAGUGUAGUCAAAGCAGAGGAUUAAUAUGCAAUAACAAGGACCAAGAAUCCAAGCAGUGCUAUAAUUAUGAAAUCAGAAUGUCAUGCUGCAGAUACAUACCGUGUUCAGAAGCACAAACUACAACACCCACAACUACAACAGAAUUCACAACUACUGCUCUAGAAUCAACACCAUUUACAGUACAGACAACAAAAAUACCAACAACACAAAACCAAGAAAGAACAACUCAGAGCAAAACAUCAGUAACAGCAACAUCACAAGUUUCAACAACAGGUUACCAAUUCAUAACUAGUACAGCAGGAACCUCCACUGUGGUAACCCAAGCUCCAUCAUCACCCAAUACCAUCUCCACUCUCCCGGAAUCAACACUACAAACAACAUCUGGCACCACCAUAAUAUCUAGUACUACUGCCCUGCCAACGCAAGGCACGACUGUCACUACACCCGGACCAAGAGUGACAACCCAAGGUACCACCAGCACUGCCAGCACCUCCACAACCACCAGGGAAAUCAGCACUACAUCUACAGAAGGAACUCUUCCAACUGCACUAUCCACUGUUGCUAUUCAAACAACAUCAACAAUUACGGCCUCCACAGCUGAAACAAUAAAAACCACCAGUGGCACCACAUCUGGCCCCAGCACCACGGGCUCAGCUGGACAGGAAACAACCACCAUCGCUACCACCACCAGCACCUCUCCCACGCAGACUGAAGGCACAACCACCACCACCCCACCCACAACAACAGUGCCCACGACAGCCGCCACCACUAUCCGCAUCUCCAAUAGCACAGACAACUGCGUGGUGGAGAGCUGUGCCUGGACAGUCUGGUUCAAUGUGGACUCCCCUAGUGCAGGCAGCGAAAAUGGAGAUUUAGAGACAUUUGAAAACAUCAGAGCUGCUGGGUAUGAAUUCUGUGAGAAGCCACAAGACAUCAAGUGCCGAGCUAAAGACUACCCUGACACGGUUGUGGAAACAAUGGAACAGAAAUUUGACUGCAGCCUUGACAGGGGGCUUGUGUGCAGAAAUAAGGAUCAGACUCUCAAGUACCCCAUGUGCUUUGACUACGAGGUCUCAGUGCUGUGCUGUGACCGAAAACAGUGCCAGACAACAGUACCAACCCCAGCAACCACUGUAAGCACCUCCACAAUACACUUCCCAGCAGAAACUACCACAGUAGCAAAACAACCUGCAGCAACACCAACUGCUGUCCCCACACUUCCACAGCGAGAAACAACCACCACCGUAGGAACAACAAGUACCCUCUCAACACAAGGCACCACCAUCAUCAGCCCAAGAUACACAGAGCCUGUGAAAAUAACAACCACCAUAGGCACCACGGCUGUCCCCAGCACCACAGCUUCAGUCAGAGAAAGCACAACCAUCAUCUCUAGCACCACCAGUACCUCUCCCCCUCAGACUGAAGGUACAACCACCAUCAUCCCAACAACAACAACAAGAGUGCCUACUUCUGCCACCAGCACUGCCAGCACCUCCAGGACAACUGCAGCAAGCACCACAACAACCUCUGCUCCAGGAGAAACCUCCACUGUGGCAACCCAGGCUCCAACAUCUCCCACAACACCCUCUGAAAUUAAAAUAACAACCACAACAGGCACCACAGCUCGCCCCAGCACGAUGGGCUCAACCAGAGGGGAAACAACCAUCAUCACUACCACCACCAGCACCUCACCCCCUCAGACUGAAGGCACAACCACCAUCAUCCCAGCAACAACAACAAGAGUGCCUACUUCUGCCACCAGCACUGCCAGCACCUCACGCACUACCGAGAGAAGUACCACAAGAACCUCUGCCACCUCUGCUCCAGGAGAAACCUCCACUGUGGCAACCCAGGCUCCAACAUCUCCCACAACACCCUCUGAAAUUAAAAUAACAACCACAACAGGUACCACAUCUGGCCCCAGCACCACGGGCUCAGCUGGACAGGAAACAACCAUCAUCGCUACCACCACCAGCACCUCUCCCCCUCAGACUGAAGGCACAACCACCACCACCCCACCCACAACAACAGAGCCCACGACAGCCGCCACCACUAUCCGCAUCUCCAAUAGCACAGACAACUGCGUGGUGGAGAGCUGUGCCUGGACAGUCUGGUUCAAUGUGGACUCCCCUAGUGCAGGCAGCGAAAAUGGAGAUUUAGAGACAUUUGAAAACAUCAGAGCUGCUGGGUAUGAAUUCUGUGAGAAGCCACAAGACAUCAAGUGCCGAGCUAAAGACUACCCUGACACGGUUGUGGAAACAAUGGAACAGAAAUUUGACUGCAGCCUUGACAGGGGGCUUGUGUGCAGAAAUAAGGAUCAGACUCUCAAGUACCCCAUGUGCUUUGACUACGAGGUCUCAGUGCUGUGCUGUGACCGAAAACAGUGCCAGACAACAGUACCAACCCCAGCAACCACUGUAAGCACCUCCACAAUACACUUCCCAGCAGAAACUAGAACAGUAGCAACACAACCUGCAGCAACACCAACUGCUGUCCCCACACUUCCACAGCGAGCAACAACCACCACCGUAGGAACAACAAGUACCCUCUCAACGCAAGGCACCACCAUCGUCAGCCCAAGAUACACAGAGCCUGUGAAAAUAAAAACCACCAUAGCCACCACGGCUGUCCCCAGCACCACAGCUUCAGUCAGAGAAAGCACAACCAUCAUCUCUAGCACCACCAGUACCUCUCCCCCUCAGACUGAAGGUACAACCACCAUCAUCCCAACAACAACAACAAGAGUGCCUACUUCUGCCACCAGCACCGCCAGCACCUCAAGCACUACCAAGAGAAGUACCACAAGAACCUCUGCCACCUCUGCUCCAGGAGAAACCUCCACUGUGGCAACCCAGGCUCCAACAUCUCCCACAACACCCUCUGAAAUUAAAAUAACAACCACAACAGGCACCACAGCUCGCCCCAGCACGAUGGGCUCAACCAGAGGGGAAACAACCAUCAUCGCAACCACCACCAGCACCUCUCCCCCUCAGACUGAAGGCACAACCACCAUCAUCCCAACAACAAGAGUGCCUACUUCUGCCACCAGCACUGCCAGCACCUCACGCACUACCGAGAGAAGUACCACAAGAACCUCUGCCACCUCUGCUCCAGGAGAAACCUCCACUGUGGCAACCCAGACUCCAACAUCUCCCACAACACCCUCUGAAAUUAAAAUAACAACCACAACAGGUACCACAUCUGGCCCCAGCACCACGGGCUCAGCUGGACAGGAAACAACCAUCACCGCUACCACCACCAGCACCUCACCCCCUCAGACUGAAGGCACAACCACCACCACCCCACCCACAACAACAGUGCCCACGACAGCCGCCACCACUAUCCGCAUCUCCAAUAGCACAGACAACUGCGUGGUGGAGAGCUGUGCCUGGACAGUCUGGUUCAAUGUGGACUCCCCUAGUGCAGGCAGCGAAAAUGGAGAUUUAGAGACAUUUGAAAACAUCAGAGCUGCUGGGUAUGAAUUCUGUGAGAAGCCACAAGACAUCAAGUGCCGAGCUAAAGACUACCCUGACACGGUUGUGGAAACAAUGGAACAGAAAUUUGACUGCAGCCUUGACAGGGGGCUUGUGUGCAGAAAUAAGGAUCAGACUCUCAAGUACCCCAUGUGCUUUGACUACGAGGUCUCAGUGCUGUGCUGUGACCGAAAACAGUGCCAGACAACAGUACCAACCCCAGCAACCACUGUAAGCACCUCCACAAUACACUUCCCAGCAGAAACUAGAACAGUAGCAACACAACCUGCAGCAACACCAACUGCUGAGCCCACACUUCCACAGCGAGCAACAACCACCACCGUAGGAACAACAAGUACCCUCUCAACACAAGGCACCACCAUCGUCAGCCCAAGAUACACAGAGCCUGUGAAAAUAACAACCACCAUAGGCACCACGGCUGUCCCCAGCACCACAGCUUCAGUCAGAGAAAGCACAACCAUCAUCUCUACCUCCACCAGCACCUCUCCCCCUAAGACUGAAGGUACAACCACCAUCAUCCCAACAACAACAACAAGAGUGCCUACUGCUGCCACCAGCACUGCCAGCACCUCCAGGACUACCGAGAGAAGUACCACAAGAACCUCUGCCACCUCUGCUCCAGGAGAAACCUCCACUGUGGCAACCCAGGCUCCAACAUCUCCCACAACACCCUCUGAAAUUAAAAUAACAACCACAACAGGCACCACAGCUCGCCCCAGCACGAUGGGCUCAACUAGAGGGGAAACAACCAUCAUUGCUACCACCACCAGCACCUCUCCCCCUCAGACUGAAGGCACAACCACCACAACCCCACCCACAACAACAGUGCCUACUUCUGCCACCAGCACUGCCAGCACCUCAAGGACAACUGCAGCAAGCACCACAACAACCUCUGCUCCAGGAGAAACCUCCACUGUGGCAACCCAGGCUCCAACAUCUCCCACAACACCCUCUGAAAUUAAAAUAACAACCACAACAGGCACCACAGCUCGCCCCAGCACGAUGGGCUCAACCAGAGGGGAAACAACCAUCAUCACUACCACCACCAGCACCUCACCCCCUCAGACUGAAGGCACAACCACCAUCAUCCCAACAACAAGAGUGCCUACUUCUGCCACCAGCACUGCCAGCACCUCACGCACUACCGAGAGAAGUACCACAAGAACCUCUGCCACCUCUGCUCCAGGAGAAACCUCCACUGUGGCAACCCAGGCUCCAACAUCUCCCACAACACCCUCUGAAAUUAAAAUAACAACCACAACAGGCACCACAGCUCGCCCCAGCACGAUGGGCUCAACCAGAGGGGAAACAACCAUCAUCACUACCACCACCAGCACCUCACCCCCUCAGACUGAAGGCACAACCACCAUCAUCCCAACAACAAGAGUGCCUACUUCUGCCACCAGCACUGCCAGCACCUCACGCACUACCGAGAGAAGUACCACAAGAACCUCUGCCACCUCUGCUCCAGGAGAAACCUCCACUGUGGCAACCCAGACUCCAACAUCUCCCACAACACCCUCUGAAAUUAAAAUAACAACCACAACAGGUACCACAUCUGGCCCCAGCACCACGGGCUCAGCUGGACAGGAAACAACCACCAUCGCUACCACCACCAGCACCUCUCCCCCUCAGACUGAAGGCACAACCACCACCACCCCACCCACAACAACAGUGCCCACGACAGCCGCCACCACUAUCCGCAUCUCCAAUAGCACAGACAACUGCGUGGUGGAGAGCUGUGCCUGGACAGUCUGGUUCAAUGUGGACUCCCCUAGUGCAGGCAGCGAAAAUGGAGAUUUAGAGACAUUUGAAAACAUCAGAGCUGCUGGGUAUGAAUUCUGUGAGAAGCCACAAGACAUCAAGUGCCGAGCUAAAGACUACCCUGACACGGUUGUGGAAACAAUGGAACAGAAAUUUGACUGCAGCCUUGACAGGGGGCUUGUGUGCAGAAAUAAGGAUCAGAUUCUCAGGUACCCCAUGUGCUUUGACUACGAGGUCUCAGUGCUGUGCUGUGACCGAAAACAGUGCCAGACAACAGUACCAACCCCAGCAACCACUGUAAGCACCUCCACAAUACACUUCCCAGCAGAAACUAGAACAGUAGCAACACAACCUGCAGCAACACCAACUGCUGUCCCCACACUUCCACAGCGAGCAACAACCACCACCGUAGGAACAACAAGUACCCUCUCAACGCAAGGCACCACCAUCGUCAGCCCAAGAUACACAGAGCCUGUGAAAAUAACAACCACCAUAGGCACCACGGCUGUCCCCAGCACCACAGCUUCAGUCAGAGAAAGCACAACCAUCAUCUCUAGCACCACCAGUACCUCUCCCCCUCAGACUGAAGGUACAACCACCAUCAUCCCAACAACAACAAGAGUGCCUACCCCAACCACCAGCACUGCCAGCACCUCCAGGACUACCGAGAGAAGUACCACAAGAACCUCUGCCACCUCUGCUCCAGGAGAAAUCUCCACUGUGGCAACCCAGGCUCCAACAUCUCCCACAACACCCUCUGAAAUUAAAAUAACAACCACAACAGGUACCACAGCUCGCCCCAGCACAAUGGGCUCAACCAGAGGGGAAACAACCAUCAUUGCUACCACCACCAGCACCUCUCCCCCUCAGACUGAAGGCACAACCACCACAACCCCACCCACAACAACAGUGCCUACUUCUGCCACCAGCACUGCCAGCACCUCAAGGACAACUGCAGCAAGCACCACAACAACCUCUGCUCCAGGAGAAACCUCCACUGUGGCAACCCAGGCUCCAACAUCUCCCACAACACCCUCUGAAAUUAAAAUAACAACCACAACAGGCACCACAGCUCGCCCCAGCACGAUGGGCUCAACCAGAGGGGAAACAACCAUCAUCACUACCACCACCAGCACCUCACCCCCUCAGACUGAAGGCACAACCACCAUCAUCCCAGCAACAACAACAAGAGUGCCUACUUCUGCCACCAGCACUGCCAGCACCUCACGCACUACCGAGAGAAGUACCACAAGAACCUCUGCCACCUCUGCUCCAGGAGAAACCUCCACUGUGGCAACCCAGGCUCCAACAUCUCCCACAACACCCUCUGAAAUUAAAAUAACAACCACAACAGGUACCACAUCUGGCCCCAGCACCACGGGCUCAGCUGGACAGGAAACAACCAUCAUCGCUACCACCACCAGCACCUCACCCCCUCAGACUGAAGGCACAACCACCACCACCCCACCCACAACAACAGUGCCCACGACAGCCGCCACCACUAUCCGCAUCUCCAAUAGCACAGACAACUGCGUGGUGGAGAGCUGUGCCUGGACAGUCUGGUUCAAUGUGGACUCCCCUAGUGCAGGCAGCGAAAAUGGAGAUUUAGAGACAUUUGAAAACAUCAGAGCUGCUGGGUAUGAAUUCUGUGAGAAGCCACAAGACAUCAAGUGCCGAGCUAAAGACUACCCUGACACGGUUGUGGAAACAAUGGAACAGAAAUUUGACUGCAGCCUUGACAGGGGGCUUGUGUGCAGAAAUAAGGAUCAGAUUCUCAAGUACCCCAUGUGCUUUGACUACGAGGUCUCAGUGCUGUGCUGUGACCGAAAACAGUGCCAGACAACAGUACCAACCCCAGCAACCACUGUAAGCACCUCCACAAUACACUUCCCAGCAGAAACUAGAACAGUAGCAACACAACCUGCAGCAACACCAACUGCUGUCCCCACACUUCCACAGCGAGCAACAACCACCACCGUAGGAACAACAAGUACCCUCUCAACACAAGGCACCACCAUCAUCAGCCCAAGAUACACAGAGCCUGUGAAAAUAACAACCACCAUUGGCACCACGGCUGUCCCCAGCACCACAGCUUCAGUCAGAGAAAGCACAACCAUCAUCUCUAGCACCACCAGCACGUCUCCUUCUCAGACUGAAGGUACAACCACCAUCAUCCCAACAACAACAACAAGAGUGCCUACCCCAGCCACCGGCACUGCCAGCACCUCCACAACCACGAGGGAAAUCAGCACUAUAUCUACAGAAAAAACUCUUCCAACUGUAUUACCCAGUGUUGUUAUUCAGACAACAUCAACUAUUACUGCCUCCACGGAUAAAAUAAAAUUAGGAACCACUGCCGGCACCACCUUUGGCCCCAGCACGAUGGGCUCAACCAGAGGGGAAACAACCAUCAUCACUACCACCGCCAGCACCUCUCCCCCUCAGACUGAAGGUACAACCACCAUCAUCCUACCCACAACAACAGUGCCUACUUCUGCCACCAGCACUGCCAGCACCUCCAGGACAACUGCAGCAAGCACCACAACAACCUCUGCUCCAGGAGAGACCUCCACUGUGGCAACCCAGGCUCCAACAUCUCCCACAACACCCUCUGAAGUUAAAAUAACAACCACAACAGGCACCACAGCUCACCCCAGCACCACAGGCUCAGCCGGACAGGAAACAACCAUCAUCACUACCACCAUCAGCCCUGCCUCCACUUCACCUGAAAUAACAUUAAUAACCACUUCUGGCCCCUCAGCUGUGCUCACUACCACUCUUCCUCAGUCUGGAAGUACCACAGUAGCUUCAACUGGUACAUCACAAUCAAGUCAUGUUACAACAAGCACUCCUGCAACCUUCAGUUCUUCUACCAGCACAUCUGUUACAUCCAGCAAAAUACCUCCAUGCUUUUGUCAUGUGUUUGAAACUUUAUUUUCUCCUGGGGAAGUGGUAUACAACAGAACAGAUAGAGCUGGCUGUAAUUUUUAUGCACUUUGCAGCAAGGAAUGUGAGAUUGAGCCCUUCCACGGGCCAUGUCCUGUGACAACCCCUGCUCCUUCAGUCGCCUCCUCAACUACAUCACAAGCUGCCUCACCAACCACAGCAACAACCACCACAACUUCAGUAGAAAGAAACUGCACUGAUGUCAAUCCUGCACGAAAGCCUGGAGAAGAGUGGGUGGAUGAAUGCCAGAAAUGUGUCUGUGACUCCCUCACUGCUACUGUGCAAUGCCAGCCACUCCCAUGCCAAACAGCUCAGCAAACAACUUGUGACCUGGGAUUUGUUUCCAUGGCUGUACUGCCACAAAAAGACCCAUGUUGUCCUGCAUUUAAAUGUCAACCAAUACCUGAUGUCUGUGUGAUUAAUGAAACGUUGUACACGGUUGGAAAGUCAGUAGUAAUCAAUUCAUGUAAGAAGUGUACCUGCAGUUCUGAGAAGGAUCCAGAGACUAAUGCAAACAUUAUGCAUUGUGAAACAGUUGAGUGUGAGACAUCUUGCCCACUGGGUUACCAAUACAUGACUGCGGAAGGAGAGUGCUGUGGGAAGUGUAUUGAAGUAGCUUGCAAAGUCAAACUUAGUAACGGCACUAUUCAUGUCCUCUAUGUUAAUGAGAUCCUGCCACUCGAUCAGUGCAGCCACUACAAAUGUGAAAAAGUUGAAGAUCAGUUUGUUGCAGUCCAAACUAAAAGAGUAUGCCCAGAGCACGACCCUGAAGAGUGCGAUCCUGACGAAACAGAGUUUACAUCUGAUGGCUGCUGCAAAAUAUGUAAACCUAAAAGCUGCAAGGUUCACACGAAGGAAACUGUGAUCCGCCAUGCUGACUGUGAGUCUUCUGAAUCUGUUGAGCUCUCGUAUUGUGAUGGAACUUGUCCUGGCUCCUCAAUGUACUCUUUUGAAGCAAACCAGAUGGAACACAAUUGUGGUUGCUGCCAGGAACUUGGCACCCAAACAAGAGAGGUGACCCUGACUUGUCAAAAUGGAACCAGCAUAAAUUAUACCUAUCUCUACGUGGAAACCUGCCAGUGUGUGAAUGCUUGCUCUUCAGAAACCACUGCAGCACCUGACUCCCAAUUCCAACAAUCUAGAAAAUAUGGCUCCCAAAUGCAACAGGCUGUAUCACUUGGUUCCCAAUGGCAACUCAGCUGAGAAUAUGAUCACUGGAAAAAGAAAGCAGAGACCCUAGAGAAGCUGGAAUCAUGUCUUCCCCAAAAUAACUUGUGCUCCUUCUUUAACACUCUUUUUUCAUGACUUACUUGUAAAAAAAAUUAAAAAAGAGGUCAAUUAAA